AUGGCUACCUUACCAAUUCCAGUUGUCCGUAAGAGGCUGGAUCAUGUCACUUCACGAAAGGAUCUCAAGUACGCAAAGCGCAUCGUUGUUAAAGCUGGAACUUCAACUAUUGUAACAGAGAGUGGAUUCCCAAGUGUUCGUCGAAUUGCUAAUAUUGCAGAAGAAAUCUUCGCUCUUCGCAGUGAAGGGAAAGAGGUGGUUUUUGUCUCCAGUGGAGCAUGUGGAAUGGGGAGGAAUGUACUGAGACGACAAGAUAUUUUGGUCUGUUCUGCCUUUGAUCGUAUGCAUCGCGCCAGCAGACCUUUUUCCAGUAUUGGUAACAAUACAUGUGCAGCAGCAGGACAAGCAAACCUUAUGAAUUUGUAUCAAACUGUCUUUCAGCAAUUGGAUAUUACAUUAGCAGAAUUACUGCUUACGCAUCAUGACUUUCUCACCGAUGAUCGAAGAGAAAAUUUACAUGAUGCAUUGGAAAAUCUUUUAAGUAUUGGUAUUGUACCUGUUGUAAAUGAAAAUGAUACUGUUACAGCUAAUCGUAACAAUACUUUAAAUGAUCCAUUUACAGAUAAUGAUGGUCUCUCUUCUUUGGUGGCACAAACGAUCAGUGCAGACCUUCUUAUCGUUCUUACAGAUGUGGAUGGUCUAUAUGAUCUUCCUCCAAGUGAUCCAAAUGCUCAACUUAUCACAACAUAUGUUCCUGAUAAUUCCGUUACAUUUGGUGCUAAAAGCCCUACAGGACGUGGGGGAAUGAAUGCUAAAAUUGCAGCAGCUUUAUCAGCUGUACGUGGUGGUGUUCCUGCAGUUUGUAUUUGUUCUGGUCAUCGUAUGGGAACUAUUGCAGAGUUACUACAAGGAAAACCAAAUAUUGGUACACUCUUUGUUGAGGACCCAAAACAUCUUCUUGAGAUUGAGGCCACCUCAGCAGAAGGACGACGGGCAAUGGAGAGAAGUGCACAAGAGGCACGUGAGGGUUCACGGAAACUAAACCUUCUCACCUAUGAAGAGCGACGAAAUUUAUUAUUGGCAGUGGCAAAUGCAUUAGACAAUAACCGUGAGAGAAUCCUUAAUGCUAACAGUCAGGAUAUGUGUUUGGCAAAGCAAACAAAUCUUGCUCCACCAAUGCUAAAACGUUUAGAACUUACAAAUUCUAAAAUUGAUACUCUUGUUGCAGGUAUUAUCUCUAUUGCUGAAGCGGCAGAUCCUAUUGGACGUGUAUUAAGUGCCCGUAUGUUGGAUGAUAAUCUUGUUUUAUGUAAAGAGACAGCUUCUAUUGGGGUUCUUCUUGUUAUUUUUGAGUCACGUCCAGACAGUAUGCCACAAAUAGCAGCUUUAGCACUUUCUUCUGGUAAUGGUCUUUUACUAAAAGGAGGACGUGAAGCUGAACACUCUAAUGCUAUACUACACAAAAUUAUUAUUGAGGCAGUAACUGAAGCUACAAAGGGGAAAGUUCCUCCUGGAGUUAUUGGUCUUAUCAAGGGUCGAGCAGAUGUGUAUGAACUACUUAAGCUUGAGGGAUUUAUCGAUCUUGUUAUUCCUCGUGGUUCUAAUGAAAUGGUAAAAAAUAUUCAACGUGCAACUAAUAUCCCAGUACUUGGUCAUGCGGACGGUAUUUGUCACAUUUACGUUCAUGAAGAUGCUGAUAUGUCUGUGGCAGAAAGUGUUAUUAUUGAUGCAAAACUUAAUUAUCCUGCUGCAUGUAAUGCUGUAGAAACAACUCUCUUUCACCGUUCUACAGUAGAAAAUGGAAGUGCAAAAGCUCUUUUGAAUAAAUUGGAAGCUGCUGGUAUAAAACUAUUUGGAGGUCCAAAAGCAAUUAAGGAAUCACUUGUUCGGGCUGGUGCUGCAUCUAUGCAUUUUGAAUAUAGUGAUGAACGUAUGGCGGUGGAAAUUGUGGAAGAUAUGAAUGAAGCUGUUGAACAUAUUAACAAACACGGUUCUCACCAUACAGAAAGUAUUAUUACUAUUGAUGGGGCUACCGCCAGUGAAUUUAUCAAGCGUGUAGAUUCUGCCUGUGUGUUUCACAACUGCUCAACACGCUUUGCAGAUGGCUAUCGUUUUGGACUUGGUGCAGAAGUGGGUAUUAGUACUGGUCGUAUUCAUGCCCGUGGUCCUGUGGGUGUGGAGGGGUUAUUAACGCAGAAGUGGAUACUGCGCCCUACGAGCCCCAAUUUACACGCAACUGUUGGUCAGUUUCAGAGCGGUGAGCGUGCCUUUACACACGAGGAUAUCACAAACUCUAUGAUACAUCGUCAUAGGGACUAA